AUGGCGGACUCUAGCAAGAAAGCAAAACGCAGCAGCAAAGCCAACGCUGAUGCAAUCAUCACCGACAAGCGUUUCGCAAACAUUCAAAAUGACCCUCGCUACCGCCUUCCCAGCAAACGUCACACCCAUGUUAAACUCGACAAACGUUUCUCGCACAUGUUGCGCGACAAAGACUUCUCCCGAAACGCCGCAGUAGACCGAUACGGCCGCAAAUUGAAGCGAGACGAUACCAAAAAGCAGCUCGAGAAGUUUUAUCAAUUGGAUGAAGAUCAGGAAGAAGAGGCCGAGAACGCAUCUCAAGUCAGUGUUGAUGAUGAUGAUGAAGUUAUGAAGGAGUUGGAGAAGGCGAAUAAGAGGGAUUAUGAUCCAGCGCGAGAUGGCGGGUUUUCGGAGUCGUCGUCUUCGGAGGAGUCUUCAAGCGAAGACGAAGACGAGGAGGACGAUGAGGAUGAUGAAGCAGCAGCAGCGGCGGAGGUCGAGUUUCCUGAUAAACAACUAUCAGAUGUCCCGCUCGGCGAUGUGACGAAUCGAAUCGCCGUCGUCAAUCUCGAUUGGGACAAUAUCCGUGCAGAAGAUUUGAUGGCGGUGUUUUCGAGUUUUGCGACCAGCGGCCGUAUAAAGAAGGUCACAAUCUAUCCGAGUGAAUUUGGCAAGGAAAGGAUGGAGAGAGAGGAGAUGGAAGGUCCGCCCAAGGAGAUCUUUGCGUCUAAGGCUGAUUCGGAGGAUGAAGAUGAUUACGAGGAACAUGAAGACUCUGAAGAGGAGGAGGAAGCCAUUAAGAAGUCAAUUUUGAAAGAGGAUGAAGGUGCCGAAUUCAAUACUACACAACUACGGCAAUAUCAAUUGGAGAGGUUACGCUACUUCUACGCUAUCAUCGAGUUCUCGUCAAAGGAGACCGCCAAGCAAGUUUAUGAUGCAGUUGAUGGCACGGAGUAUCUUACUAGCGCGAAUUUCUUCGACCUGCGCUUUGUCCCUGACAAUACCGACUUUUCAGAUGACAAGCCUCGAGAGCAGUGUGAUCGUAUGCCCGAUGGCUACAAGCCUACCGAUUUCGUGACAGAUGCACUACAACAUAGCAAAGUCAAGCUUACGUGGGACGCCGAUGAUAAGGCUCGAAAAGACGCCCAAGCCAAGGCGUUCAAAGGUGGACGACGUGAGAUCGAAGAGAAUGAUUUGAAGGCUUAUCUAGCGAGUGAUACUUCGGAUGAUGAAGAUGACGAACAAUUGGAAGUCGUCGAUGCUACUGCUAGCAAGUCGACCAGUCUUUCAAAGAAGGAUGCAGAACGGCAGCGGAUGCGCGCGCUACUUGGACUAGGCGAUGAGUCUGCUGCGCCUUCCAAAUCGAAAGCGAAAGGUCCGGUUGGCGAUAUGGAAAUUACCUUUACCUCGGGUCUAGCUGGUGAGCCAGCUCGGGAGUCUGUCUUUGAGAACGAGCCAGAGAUUGAAGAGACUACCGUGGAGAAGUAUAUUCGCAAACAGAGAGAGCGCAAGAAGAUGAGAAAGGAGAAGAUGAAGAAGAAGGACGAAACAGGCGAAGAUGACAAGAACGAGGAAGCUGAAGCUGAAGGCGCCAAUGAAGAUCUUGGUUUUAACGAUCCAUUCUUCGAUGAACCCGAGAACAAGGUCAAGAACUCGCAGCGCAAAGAAGAACGACGGAAGAAGCGUGAAGAAAAGGCUGCUGAAGAAGCUGCUGCCGAGGCUAAGCGUGCUGAGCUCGAGCUUCUGAUGGUUGAUGAUAAGUCAGCGGGUAUGUCACAUUUCGAUAUGAAUGAGAUCGAGAAAGCGGAGAAGAAAGCCCGUAAGAAAGGCAAGAAGGGUAAAUCGAAGCAAGAGCAAGAACCUGUCGCUAGUGAUGACUUCCAAGUGGAUGUCGCAGAUCCUCGAUUUGCCAGUCUUUAUGAGAGCCAUGAAUACGCUAUCGAUCCAACGAACCCCAAGUUCAAGGCUACCUCGGGUAUGAAGGCUCUCCUUGAAGAAGGCCGAAAGCGUCGGCGGGUGGGCGGCGUGGAUGACGAUGUACCGACCGAGACAUCGAAAAAGCAAAAGAAGACUUCUUCGAAAAGCCACGAUGCAGCGGAGGAUGUGGAUUUGAAGAAACUGGUUGCACGGGUGAAAAGUAAGACAAAAACGACGUGA